AAAACACGAGACCUUUCACCUUCUGCAAUUCUGCGGCCGGCCUCUUCGAUACUCGUAGAAGUGGAUUAAAUGUUCCAACAAUUCUUAUCUUCUUGAUCGAUACUCAUUCUGUUAAGCUUAACCUAUUGGCUUGAACCUGAAUUACCAUAAUGAAACCAAAUAAUAAUAUGAGGACGACGAAGCAAGAAUCCCCUGUUUGUUUGAAGCUGCUGAUAGACGAGAAGGUGAAUCGAGUGGUAGCCGCCGAAGCAAACUCGGACUUCGUGGAUAUACUCCUCAGCUUCCUCACCAUCCCCAUGGGAACCAUUAUCAGACUUACCAGCAAAACAGAUGCGGAAAAAGACUCACCUCUGAAAAUUGGUUGCAUGAACAAUCUGUACCAUUCUUUUGAAAACCUCAGCCCAGAAAUCUGGCAGACCAAACACUGCAAGACCAUGCUGUUGAACCCCAGAAACCCGCUCUCCAAAUACUUCACGGAGUUGAUGAUAAAUGUGGAUGAUUCUGGGUCUGAGGUUUCGUAUGAGUGUAGCAGGGGAAGGUGUAAAAGCAAGUACGAGAAUGUUCUCUGCAACUGUGGCGGGAUGAGCAGGACCGGGGCUGCAAAAGACAGCACUUUUGCUUCGUCUUUGUAUAAACAUCGGGAGCCUUACGGUGCGUUUCUUAAGAGGGAGAGGGUAACGUUCAUUAUCAGUGAUAACUUACAAAUCAUUCCUUCUUCUCCGGCGGUUCUUGCUCAGAUUCUAUCCAGUCUUGGUUCUGGCGAAAUCAACCUCAUCAAGGAGAUGACUGUACAAGUUAGUAAGAAGCAGGUACCAGUACCACAAGUCCACAACUCUCACCAAUAACCUCUGUUUUAUGGAAAUACUUAUAUUUUGAUUUUAGAUCUUUUUUAUUAGAUGACCCUAUUUCUAUAGAUUUCUCAUGUUUUACUUAAAAUGAAAUGAGUUGAGCUUUGUUUGUA